UUUAAGAAGUUACAGGUAUCCAAAGCUGCAUUUGCGUCCGGAAUACAGGUAUUUUUUUCCAGGACACGGAACUUGUCAUUGUUUUUGAUAAUCUUUUGAAAUUAAUUUCGACGAUUUUUGUGACAAGUAAGACCUUGGAAACGCGGAAAAGAACGAGGUUUCCUAACACUAUCAACAGAUUUGCUGUAAAAGAGGCCCACAUUAUACUAACACUGCAAAAAUGGAAGGAAUUAGAAACUUAAGUACUGGAGAAUUCCUAAUCCCAAACAACGCAUCUUUGGCUAAUGAUUUAAGUUCAAGCUCUAUUAUAAGUAGAGUGGGAAAGAUUUUAGCUUGCAGUGUAGUUCUAGUUAUUUCCUUCGUUGGAAACAUCCUUCUUAUCCUCGUUGUGCACAAGAACGCUAACAUGAAGAAGACAAUCAACUAUUUCAUUGUUAAUAUGGCGGUGUCCGAUCUCGUCGUACCAAUUGUUAUUCUUCCAAGAGUCAUAGUCCAAGAAGCUUCAGGCCGACAAACAUGGCUAGCGAUGGAAGGUGCUGCCGGUAAUAUCAUGUGCAAGCUGAUGUUCUUUUUCUCAGACGUGACUAUGGUAGUGUCAAUCUUGUCUUUGCUAUGUAUUUCAAUGGACAGGUUCUGUGCUGUGGUAUUCCCCAUGAAACUCUCUCUCAUCACAUCAAGGGUUCGCAUUGGACUCAUGGCGUUCACUUGGACUUUCUCAGUCUUCUAUUUCGCGCCUUUUUUGUACGGAUUCAAGCUGAUGAAGAUCAAUGGUGAAACUCAUUGCCUCUUGCAGUGGUCUGAAGAUAUUUCUUUCCAUUUAGAGAUCCAGCGUGCAGCAGCUAUAGCGAGUUGUAUUCUCUUCACUCUCGUCCCGUGUGUCCUUCUAACAGUCAUGUAUUCAGCCAUACUCAUUGUCACAAGAAGCACUAUUAUCAAGGGGGAGAAUGGCAAUGGUGCCCGAAGUCGCAGGCAAGCUAACAACAUCAAGCUUUUGAAACUAGCUGUAUUGACCGUUGUUGGCUUCGCGUUUUGUUACGGUCCUUUCAACGUGUUUCUUUUCUAUGCAACCUUAAUUUUAAAUUGGAACAUUAGUACCUCUGAAGCGUUGAGAACAUUUUUAUUCGCGGCCCAGUUUCUGACGUACACCAACAGCGCACUCAACCCUUGUCUGUAUUUCAUCUUUAUCGAGAACUACAGAAGAGGGUUACAACGCGUAUUGAAGAUCGGUCGACCAAAGACGAGGAAAAACACGCUUCUUGCCUCAAGAAAUACGACGCGAUCCCGUUUAGAUAGAAAAAGUCCCAACCAAACAUCUACUGAGGAUCAAGAGAUUCGAUAUGCCCACCUUAAACCCGCAGAUAGCUUAUAAAUACGCGCGAGUCAGUGAUAACCAGGUUACUCCUGAUGCAUACUAGGUUAUAAACUGAUUUCAAACGUAUAUAUCAGUCAGUUUAAGGUACGAAAACAUUCUUAGAGGUUUACUUAUCAGCUUUGAUAAAUCAUAUAGAGACUAAAAUAUUGGCUCUGUCUGCAGUUUUGGAUGUAAUUUGCAGGGAUAUUCUCGUUUUAGAUAUAAUUAAUGGGUGAUUUAAAAAGCACCGCAGGAAGUUAAAGACGAAAGUAAAUGAUGUCUAUGUGCUUAGGCCACUUAGGUGUUUUACAAAUACACUUCUCCAACGAAUGAAUGAAUGCCAUGAACUCUUGUAAGCAACGUAAAAUCACGAAUAAUAUAGAUAACUUUAGUGGUCCAAAAAGUUAGGGGUACAAAGUAGUAUCAAAGUCUAAGGGCGGAGAAUAGAAGCGAAGUGAAUAAGGUAGCACAAAGAGUGUCCAUGUACAAUACUUGUUGCGCCGAUACUCGAGUAAGAUCAGCACCUCAAGAUAAACAAAAAGUAGCGUAGAAUAUACAUGCAUAAUAUGUGUGAUUUACUUUAUUUAAUAAAGCUG